AUGAUUUUUAUAUGAAUGUACGAAUCAGUGAAAAAUUUGUACUAAUAUGUAGUGAUUUGCAGUAAAUAAUGAAAAUAAAAAAAACAAUCAAAAAUAAAUUAUAAUUUUCAUACUUCAAAUUUUUAUAAAUAUACAUCACUCAAUAAUUUAAAUUAAUACUUAAUAUAUGAAAUUUUAAUACUGUUCAGUUUUGCUGUGUAUUAAAGAAGGAUAUUUUCCAGAAAAUUCUAGAAGAGUCCUGCUUGGAAUAUUCUACAACAUCAAAACAAAAGUGUGAUGUCAUUUUAAACAGAAAAGUAGUCUAAAAAUAUCAAACAAGUAAGUUGUAGUUACUCAAAAAAAAGCAUUGUCAAGUUAUUGAGUUAUUGUUAAUUAUUUUUAGCGAAGAUAAACAAAAAAAAAAAAAGUUAACUAUUAAUUUGAUGAGAUAUAUGAAUAUAUAAUAUUAUUGUUUAGACAAGUGUUGAUAAAAUUUCAAUUCGUAUACAGAAACCUGAGUGAAUAUAUAAUAGAGCUUGAUAUUUAAAUAUAAAUAUGAAUCAAUCAGACGAUUAUUUGUCAGAUAACAGCAAAACCAUGAAACCAGUUAAAUCAACAGCAGUUGUUAAAUAUUCAGCAAUACAAAAACCAGCAACAUUUACACAAUUACAAUGUAAUACAGAUUUGAAUCAUCCACCAAGUAAUUGGUUGAGUAGUUCAGCUGACAGUUAUGGAUUACAAAGUGUCUGGCUACAAAGUACUGGAUUUUCAAGUUUUCGAAUGGCUCAUAUGUUUCCAGAUUGUGUUGGUGAAGUUGAUGUUGUAUCUGAUGCUGAAAAUAUAAAAAAAUUAUUAAAAAUACCUUAUAGCCAAAGUGCUGUAUCAAUGAUGGUACAUAGAAUUGAAAAUACAAUAUUAAUUGAUGAUUUUGAUAUACAAAAAUAUUUAUUACGUCAAGCUGAAAGUGAUUGGGAAUGGUUAAAAAAAUUUUUUUACGAACAUAUUAUACAUAAUAAUGAUGAUAAACAAAAAAAACGUCUUUUUUAUAAACCAGCAAAUACACGUGAUUUAUUACAACAAAAAAAUCUUGUAUCAAAAUUUUUAUAUCAUUCCUUAGUACAAAAUUUGUCUGAUAAUGAAAAAGAAGAAAUUAAAAUUGAUAAUGAUAAAACAAAAAAUUGUGAAUUAGAUUUAAAAAAUAAAUGUUUAGAGCCUGUUUUACCAGAGCCAAAUUUAGAAGAUAAUUUACCUGAUCCAACAAAAAGUCGUAAUUUUGCUCGUAAUGUUGUUUGGACAUUUGAAAAUAUACAAAUGUUAAUUGGUACAGAUAUGCCAAUAUUUGGUGGACAAACACAUCCAUGUAUUAGUCUUAAACUUCGUGAUAUGAAUAAACCAAUAAAUGUAUUAACUGGAAUUGAUUAUUGGCUUGAUAAUUUAAUGUGUAAUGUACCAGAAGUUAUAAUGUGUUAUCAUCUUGAUGGUAUUGUACAAAAAUAUGAGCUAAUAAAAACUGAAGAUUUGCCAAAUUUAAAUAAUGCAAAUUUUAGUCCAAAAGUAAUACGUGAUGUUGCCCAAAAUAUAUUAAGUUUUUUAAAAAAUAAUGCAACAAAAGCUGGACAUACAUAUUGGCUAUUUAAAGGUAAAGAUGAUGAUGUUGUUAAACUUUAUGAUUUAACUUCAUUGUGCUCAGAUACAUCUGAUGAUAAAGAACAAAAUCCAUUUACUGUCCCAGUUGCAAUGUUGUUAUACAGAGUUGCUAGAAAUAUGAAAUAUUCAUCAGAUGGUAGUCAAGGACAUUUGGGUACAAUAAGAAUAUUAUUAAAAAAUUGUAUACAAUUAUUAAAUCGUGAAAAAUAUCCACAAAUAGUAACAUCAGCACAUUAUAUGUUAUCUGAUCUUUAUAUACCAGCUGAUACUGAUCCAGCAAAACCCAUUGUUGUUGAAAAACAAAAACAACAACAGCAACAACAACAAAAAGAAGAUGAUAUUUGUCAACAAAAUGAAAAUGCUGAAUAUGAAUUUGAUGAUAUUAAUAAUUGUAUGGAAAAUGAAGGUAAAGCAAGUGCAACAAUAAAAUCAUUAACAUUAGCUUAUUUAAAAGAAACAACUGAACGUAAUGAUUUUAAAUAUAUACGACCACCACCAGUUAGUGGAUCAAUACCAGAACGUUGUCAUGAAGCACUUGAACAUGUUGUCAAUGGUCUUGAAUGUUUAUCAUAUUUUCCAAUAAUUAAUAUUGAAGAAGGCAAUUAUAAUAACAAUAAAUAUAAAGAAGAAAAACAAAAUACUGCAAAACCAUUUGAAGCAAUUCCUAUGCCUUAUUAUACAUUAAAUAAUAAUAAAAAUUCUUCAAAUAAUAAUAAACAACAAACACCAACAAAAACAUCAAAAAAACAACAAAAAAAAAAAUUAAAUAAAAAAAAUAAUGAUGAAUUAAGUGUUGUUGAUACAAGUCCAAAAGCAUUAUUAUGUAAACCAAAAGGUGAAGCUUUACCAACAUGGCAAGCACCAAAAAAAAGUGAUAAUUUAAGUUGGAAAUCACAUUUAAAAACUUUACUUUAUGAAAAAGCAUCAUUAAUAUUUGCUGUAUUAGCUGAAUAUGAAUAUACAAAACAAAAAUUUGGCUCAUCAUUAAAAUAUAUACUUAAAGUAUUAAAAUGUCAAAAAAUACUUGAAAUUUUUUGUGGUUUAAAAAAUGAUAAAUUAAUAAGCUAUUCAUUGGGUAGAGCUGGUGAUUGUUGUUUAAUGAUUGUUCAAGAUUGGAAAAAUAUUGAUAACCAUCAAAAAUUAUUUACAACAAGUGAUGAAGUUGAAGAUAAAAUAAUUAUUGAAAUUUUAACAAUUGAAAAAGAUGAUUUAGAUAUGAAUGGUGCUGAAUUACUUGAUAGAGCAUUAAUAAGUAUUGAAGAAAGUUUAAUUGUAGCAUAUAAAUGUUAUGAAAAAGCGUUAUCACUUGAACCAGCUGAUAUUGAUAAAAAAAAUUUAUUACGAAGACUUGGUAAUGUUCACAAUGAAUUGGGUGUAUUAUAUAUGAAUCAAGCAAGUUUAAAAUAUCAACAAGAAACAAAUAAUGAUGAUGAUGAUAAUGAUAAAAAUAAAAUUGAUAAUAAUGAAGAUAAUAAAAAUGUUAAUUCAUUAUUAACAAAAUCAUUAAAACAUUUGGAGUAUGGUGUUAAAGCAUUUGAAUCAGUUGAAGAUGAAGCAAAUUUAGCAUUAUUACAUUCAAAUACUGGUAGAUUAAUGCGUCUCUGCGCUCAUAUUAAUGUUAAUAAACAAACAGAAGAACGUCAUUUUUAUAAUAAAGCAUUACAUAGUUAUCAAAAAGCAUUACAAAUACUUGGUAAUAGAAAAACAAAUUCAUCAAUUUGGGAUACUGUUAAUUGGGAUUUAUCAACAACAUUAUUUACAAUGGCAACAUUAUUACAAGAUUAUCCAAUACCUGGUAAUAAAACUGAAGAUGAAUUAGAAAAAGAAGUUGUUGAAAUAUUUCAAAAAGCAUUAAAACAUUGCGAUACUGAAAAUCCAGGACCAAGACAACCAGUUUAUCAAUUUCGUGCUGCAACAAUACAACAUCGUCUUGCAUCACUUUAUCAUCGUGUUUAUCGUGAACUUGAUACUGAUACUGAUAAUAUUAAACGUAAAACAAGUCUACAAUUAUGUAAACUUUAUUAUGAAAAAGCAUCAAAAUUAAUGUUUUCACUUGAACAACCAAUCGAAUAUUUAACAAUACAACUUGAAAGAGUUGCACUUGCUGAACAACAAGCACAAACGACUGGCUUAUUUACAAGUAAAUUAAAAUCAUAUCAAAAUGGACUUGAUUUAAUAAUUCAAUGUCAAGAAAUACUUGAAAUUAUACUUGAAAAAAAUAAAAUAAAUAAAAAUCAUGAUAAAAAAGAUGAUGAUACACAAAAAGACAUUGAUAUUGAUAAUGAAACUGAAAAAUUAAUUCUUUUGAUGGAACAAAGAUUGCAAUUUUUACUCAGAUCAUUAACAAAAUUAUGCCUUGGAAAAAAUUCAAUACCCAACAAAAAAAAAGAAUAUGAAAAUCUCGCUGAGGUUUAUAAAAAAUGUUACAGUCGAAGCUUAAGAACACCUGGAAGUCAAACUAAUUCAUCAUUGCUUGAGCACAUGAUUCAUUUGAUUAAAGAUAUAAACUUACAACUCCAAAAUUAUCAAGAAUCAGUAUAAAAUACAAUUUUUUUUUUUUUUUUUUUUUCUAUAUGAUAAUAAGUUUACUUACUGUAAAUAUUUAUAAUUUACAUAUAUAUAUUUAUAUUUAUAUCUAAUAAGUGUUAUUAUAAAAAAGUGUUGCUUUAAAAGUGUACAAAAGUUCAUUUUAAAAAUAAAAAUUAAAAAAUAAAAUUUAAGUUGUUAAUCUCUUAUGACGAUAGUAAAGUUGGGGAGAAGUAGUGAUGGCAAAUAAAAUGAGUUGUUAAUCUCUUAUGACGAUAGUAAAGUUGGGGAGAAGUAGUGAUGGCAA